AUGAAUUAUUUAUGUCCAAAUGCAAGUCAAUAUGUUCCUGUUGGUCAUCCCGAUCAACACGUAUUGGCAAGCGAAGGAGCUAAUAAUUAUUUAAUGAAUUUUUAUAUAACACAAAAUUCAAGUACUUAUCGACCACCACGUGUACGACCAAAAUCGAAUAUACUUGGAGAUAAAUCAUUAACAACAGAAAAUCUUUCAACACAAAAACUUAAAGAUGAACGAAAAAAAACAGGUUUUGUUAAUAAUGAUAGAUAUUAUUUACCUUAUACACGUACAAUAGAUGAACUUGACAAUCCAAUACUAGGUCGUAUGUGUACAGAAAAUUAUGAAACAUCUCAUCAAACACAUUAUAAACCUUAUGAAUUACCUAACGGUACGGAAUCAUUACCACCAAAUAUAACUAAUCAAACAUCAGGUUUUUUUCGUGAACGUGCUGUACACAUUCCUAAUUCACGUGUGCCUCCAAUUGGUGGAAAAGAAGUAACAACAUAUGGUAGUAAUUUUGUAAAACCAGCUCAAACUGAACCAGUUAUUAUGGGAGAAGUUGGUCCAAAAGAAAAUUCCGGAUUUGUAGCAAAUACGGAAAUUGAUCCAUUAACAGCAACAUUAGGUGAACGAUGGCAUUAUCGUUCAAGACCAACUGGUGAUAGUGAAUAUAAAGAUAAAUUUCCACAAUAUGAUUAUCCAAAAGGUGAUGAUCCUUUACUUACUAUUAUUGAUCCAAAUACAAAAGUAUCAUCCGAUCGUGUUAUUAAUAAUUUUGUUUUACCUACUGGAGAAGGUCCUUAUGCUGGCGGUUCAUUUGCUCCUGAUUCUACUGAAUAUCGAAAAAAUUAUCUUGGUAAUCAAUUUUUACCAGAAAAAAUGGGCAAUUUAGAAAUCGGUCCAAAAGAAAUUACAGGUCCAACAAGAAAUGGAGAUGGUUAUGUUCAAACAUUUGAUGAUCCACGUCGUUUCAUUACAACAUAUCAGAUGAAUCAUUUUGACAUGAAUCCUAAAGGACGUGAUCGUGAAGGUUAUGUUGUUGGUGGUAUACAAAAACCACAACCAAGUGGUUUUACUGAAGAUACAAAAAUAUCAAAUCCAUUAGAGAAUUUUCGUGAUGAACGUAUUACACAUUAUCAUCUUGAUCCAUAUCAAGUCAGGAGUUUACGAGCACGUGAUCCAUUUUUUGAUGAUACAACACAUGAUAAUAAAGGUCGUUUACAAAAACAAUCAGAAAUAUUUUAA